AUGAAAGAGUGCCCCCAUAAUACUUCUGUUCGUGGUGCUCCACCACCAAAGAAGUUUACUAAGCCUCCAGUUGCUGGUCAUGGUCGUCUGACCCAUGUUACUGCUGAAGAAGCUGAAGCAGAUCCAAGCGUCAUAAUGGGGAAACUCCCAAAAUCCAGGGGGGUUUUCAGAAAAUCCCCCUUCUUCUUCCUCUCUCCUACUGGAAGCAGCUCGGUGGAGCUCCCGUGGCCGCCCGAUGGCGCCGGCCGCCGGGAUUGCUUCCGCCGCCCCCUGGCCGCCUAUAAAACGUCGCCGCCGCCGGAGAAAACCCUAGCACGCCCCAGUUCUUCCCCCUCCUCUUCUCGAGCCGCGCGGCCAAACCUCGCCCGGCCAACCUCGCCGUCGCCGCCGCUCCGAGCUUCCCCGCGCCAAGCCGACGCCGCCAGGAGGUCCGCCGCGACGCCCUCUACCUCCUCCGCCCAGCAGCGCCGGCCGACGGGGCCGGAAUCGGCCGAAUCGGGCCCCGCCCGUGCCGCAGGUCCCCGCCGUUCGCCGGUGUUCCCGGCCUCCCCGGCUCCGGCGACACCGCCGAAGCUCCACGGUGAGCUGGGCUUCCUCCCGGUCCCCUCCGCCUCCUCUAUUUCCCCACUGGAACGCCGUCGCGUCGCGAGCCCGCACCCGGCCGCCGCGCUGCUCAACGCCGGCGUCGCUCCGGCGACAAUUGGCGGGCGGCGCCACCGCCAAACGGUCGCCCGCAUCGAGCUGCGUCGGAUGACCCCAAGCGCGCGCUCGAUUGCGGCCCGAGCUGGCCGAUUGCUGCUCGACCUGAGAGCUCAAGGUCGUGCUGACGUCAGCAUGAUGUCAGCAUGA